AUGCUCAUGGGCUUACAGACAUCGCGGGCGCAAAGCGCAACCGCUUCAGUACUGCACAUCUACUUGGGCAACGGCUCGCCGUCACUUGUUGUUCCAAGAAGCUCCGUCUUCUUGACGAAGCACGUUAUGCCAAUUGACGAAUCAAAAAGUUGUCAUUUUUCCCUCAUUCGCUCAUCCACACCCCUCCCUCUUGACCAUACAGCUCACAGAACCCCUCCUCUCGCACCCCCUCCCCCAACCGGUUGUGACUCACCGCGCUCUCCCCUGGACUCCGCCUAUUUUGCACAGGCAAUCCUUUUGUUCUCGACUAUUGUUGACAAUAGGCUGACAUCAGCCCCUGGGAUGACGUCCAAUACCCCUCAGAGUGGUGUCUCUGCUCAGCUCGAGCAUCUCCAGGCGAGAUACGUCGGUACUGGUCAUCCGGGUACAACACAACAUGAGUGGGCUACCAAUCAGCAUAGAGACUCUAUUGCCUCAUAUCUAGCCCACCCUUGGAUGUUGGAGUAUUUCUCUGUCGCUGAAGGAGCUUCCGUUGGUCGCAUAAAACACAACUUGCUUGAGAAGAUGCAUCGCCCAUGUGGUGAACCACCCCAGAGACAAAACAUUUUAAAGCGCAAAAUAGACGAGAUCUCUAAAUCAUCCGCUGCGCAAGAUCAGUGUGCUCAAAACAAAUCCUGCGGCGAAAUGGUUGCCCCCCACCCACAUGAAAGCUAUUUCACCAAUCGUGAUUGCUCUUCACAAUCAAAAGUACAUGGUGGAGAUGCAGGGUUUCCCAAAUUCAUAGAAAGGAUUUAG